CGGCGAUGAGCUGGGAGCUGCUGCUCUGGCUGCUGGCGCUGUGCGCGCUGCUCCUGCCCCUGGUGCAGCUCCUGCGCUUCCUGCGGGCCGAUGCCGACCUGACGCUGCUGUGGGCUGAGUGGCAAGGGCGACGCCCAGACUAGGAGAGAAAACGUCAGACUCCCAAGAGAGCGCUGCAAUCCUCUGAUGCCCGUAGGUCACAGACUUCUGCAGCAGGACCCCGACCCCAGGGAUCUCGGGACACUGCCAGGGAGGACUCCGCGGAGAGCAGAGUGUGUCCUUUGCUUUAAUGGGAGCUGACUGACAUGGUGGUGUGGGUGACUGGGGCCUCCAGUGGCAUUGGCGAGGAGCUGGCUUUCCAGUUGUCGAAGCUCGGAGUGUCUCUGGUGCUGUCAGCCCGAAGGACGCAGGAGCUGGAGCGGGUGAAGAGACGAUGCCUGGAGAACGGCAACUUAAAAGAAGAAGAUGUAUUGGUUUUGCCCCUUGACCUGAUGGACAUAAACUCCCAUGAGGCAGCUACCAAGGCCGUUCUGCAGGAGUUUGGUAAAAUUGACAUUUUGGUCAACAACGGUGGAAGAUCCCAGCGUUCCUUAGUUCUAGAAACCAACCUGGAUGUCUUCAAGGAGCUGAUGAAUCUGAACUACUUAGGGACGGUGUCCUUGACCAAGUGUGUUCUGCCUCACAUGGUAGAGAGGAAACAAGGGAAGAUUGUUACUGUCAACAGCGUUGCAGGGAUUGCAUCCACGCCCCUUUCCAGUGGGUACUGCGCCAGCAAGCAUGCCCUUCGGGGUUUUUUCAAUUCCCUCCGACUGGAGCUUGUCAACCACCCAGGCGUAUCCUUGUGCAACAUUUACCCCGGGCCUGUGCAGUCGGACAUCGUGAAGAACGCGCUGACUGAAGAAGUGACUAAGCCCAUGAGAAGUAUAGAUCAGUCUUACAAGAUGGCAACUAGCCGCUGUGUCCGGCUGAUGCUAAUCUCCAUGGCCAACGAUUUGAAAGAAGCUUGGAUCUCUGACCACCCUGUGUUGUUGGGGACUUACCUGUGGCAGUAUAUGCCCACCUGGGCCUUAUGGUUCACCUCCAGGUUGGGGAAGAAAAGAAUCGAAAACUUUAAGAAUAAUUUGGAUCCAGACCUUCCUUACAGAUUCUGGAAAACAAAGAAGGACUGAAACAGCCCCUUGGGAUGUCUGAGCCACUUGUUGGGAAUGACAAGCAGCCCAAGUACAUUAAGCUUCCACACAGAAGGUGGGCCAGUGACUGUUUUCUGGUUGAAUUUUUGAUACAACUUUCUAUUUAAUUUGUAAUGGAUAAUAAAGAAAGCCUCGCCCUGUA